AUGUCCGCUCAAACUAUGUCGACUACGAUCUGCACGACCUCCACGCUCACUCCAUUCCACGGUACCACCACCCAUACCUUGCCUGUGCGGCUUAUCAAUCAACUGAAGGCGCAUAUCACGUUCCUGCACUCUUUCGCGAACGAGCUCGAGACGGAAGCCAUCCAAGAGAUGGCAGCGGCCAGGAAAGAGAAGAGGUUCAUGGACAAAAUUGUGCGGAAUGUGCGAGUCCGUCAGGCAGCGCUGCAGGCAUGGGGCGUAGAAGGGUUGAAUGCCGUAUUGAGGGAGACCAAUGUCAGAUUCUUGACGAAGAGGAGGAUCGCGGCGGAGAAAUGGAGCGUAGCACUGCAAGCGCGCGAGGAGAUUCGGAAGGAGUUGAACAUGGCGAAGGACACAAGAGUCAAAUCCCUUUUGGACGAGCGCACGGCCUUUUACAGCACUAUCGCGCAGGAACGGUUUCUCGAAGCUGCAACUGAACGUAUCGCCGCCUUCGAUGAAGAACUGGGCGACAUCAAGAAUAGUCUGGCCCUUCUUCUUAGGCAGCGAAAUAUGCUCGUCACUGCAUAUCGUCUCCCAGUUGAGCUACUCUGUCACAUAUUCUCCGACCUCUCGCAACUGGAACCGCAUUAUUACCCGGAUCCCGCAGACCACGAGAAGUAUGCUUCAGGAGUUCUGCGUCCUCGUAUGGGCUGGAUCAAGGCUGCUACACAAGUCUGCGGGAACUGGAGACAAGUGGCUCUUGCAGACACAAGCCUCUGGCGCAUAACUACUACGAGUCUCGGGAGGGAGUGGGAGGCUCGAAUGCUCCGCCUCAGUGGAGGGCGACCGACCGAAUUCGACGUGUGGGAUGGAUGGGAGGGCGAGGCCUGGAUACCAGAUCCCUCUCUUCAGCCCAUGAUGCUCUCGAUAGCAAAGCUUCAGAUUAUCGGUCCAGAUCUGGACCAGGGAUCCUGGCGCAAAUUGGCGGUGCCACCAGCGAUACGCGUGCUUCGCCUGCACACCUUUUCGGACAACCAUGGCUAUCCUUCCGUCCCAGACCCUAUCUUCUACGGGGGGCUUGGGGACACCCUGCGCGAGCUCUACAUGCAGAACUUCCGUGUAGGAGCGGUCGGACAACGAUCAUUAUUUCUUUAUGUCGGUCCUCAAUGGCUGCUUGAACCAUCUUCCCAACCUGGAAAGCCUUGUAAUCAAGCGAUAUUUUUUUGGGUCGACGAAGACGACAUCACCCCCGAUAACCUGGCGCCCAUCGAACGACCUCAUCUCGCGAAUGUCGAAAUCUUUUCGUCGUGGGACGCUAUAUUCAUCCUGCUCCUGCGCCUUCGCGCAUCGCCUACUGUGCGAUACACCUUGGCGAGUGAAUGCCCAUUCGACUCUCCGCCCGAGCCCAACGUCGCCGUGGACAUCAAAUUAUCGCUCGCAAACUAUCUCACAACCAAUCGGGAAACGUCGAUCCUCUCCCAGAUGAAGACCGUGGAAUGGAGAUCCUGUUCGCCUUCUGCGUGGCGCGGCCGGAUUGCUGGCACGAAUGUCCCGGCUGGGUCUGUAGAUCCGGUCUUUCGCAAGACGUUGGUCCUUUCAGCUUGGCGCGAGGAUAACCCCGACUAUCUUCUAUCUGAUUACGUUGGCUAUGGCUCUCCUCCCAACCCCGACUUUCACUUUGCCUUCGACUUCAGCGAUGAAUCAGUUGAAUACUGCAUCAUAGACGAGAUCUUACCUCUCGACAUCUUUCCCUCUGCCCGCUGUCUCUCUCUUCAGUCGGGUCGAUUGCGCUUCGACAUAAUUGAUUGGAGAGGGCUCUUCGAGUCCGUUUCUAUGCUUACUUGGCUCAGACUCGACCGCAAUGUCGCUGAAAUGUUCUUGAACUCGCGCUCUGAACCAUGGAAAUCACUCCCCAAGCGUGUCAAGACCAUCGCUUUGCUGGGAGUGAAUUGGGGCCUUUACAGUGGAGAGGAGCGUGGGCCUGAUAGGUCGCUUGCGCGACUUUGGACAGCGCGCAGCAAGACGGGAUCUUCGCUCGAACGUGUCAUCGUCGGGCAUACGUCCAUCCGUUACGAUUACUUCAAUGAGUGCGUUCACGAUGCCGGCGUCGUACUCGCCGAAGUGCAUCGACCAGAGUGGCUGGAUGAAGGGCACGAAGACUGGGACGAACAAACGGACUGGUGA